UUCAGCUUGCAACCAUGAAACUUGUUAGGUGAGUGAAUCUAUGAAUGUAUUUUGUACCCUUCUGAAGUUGUAUAGCAAUUAUAACUCAGCUGAUAAGGUAUAAACGUUCAAUGUUUUUGUUUGACAGAUUUUUGAUGAAGCUAAGCCACGAAACAGUGACGAUCGAACUGAAAAAUGGAACUGUUGUCCAUGGAACUAUCACUGGUAAGGAUGUUACAGUGUAAAGGCAUUCUUUUCAGCAUGUGUGCUGUGGUUUGCGACGGCUUAACUAUCAGCUUUUGGCAACUAUCAAAAUGAAAACUUUGGUGAUAGUGUUCCAAUUCCUAAAAGUAAACUUGCAUUUGUAGUUCAAAAAAUCAUAUAAAGUAAAGAAACUGUUGCUUCAGUAUAAUACUGCUGCAACAUUGACAUAAAUUGUAGACGGAAGUAACUGUGGAAAUUUCCUUGUGUUUUCUCAAACGUCCAAGUUUUCAUCCAUUAAAGACUCGUGGCAUCAUAGACCUCUUACGCCUGUAUGUUUUGUUUUUUCAAUACAGGUCAUGUAACAAUACUCUGGAGAACUGUUUCUUUCAAAUUUCGUCUUAUUUACAUGCUUAUCUACGCAGUAGAUAAGAAGGGCCAAGUUCCCCUCUGGGAACUUGGCCAAGUUCCUCUCUUGGGAAAACAAAACAUACAAGCUAAAGACGGCUAUUUAGAAUACCUUCUUCUCCCACAGGCAUAUUCUCUACACCAAUCUCCAUAAAGGUUGUGUAGUGAGCAGCAUUUCUUGGUGGCCAUCCUCUCAUUCUUGACUUUAGUGUUUGGAGGAAGGGAUAACUUAAUGCUGUUCACUGAAGCAGGGUUUAAACAUAACUUGAAUUCUUGCUUGCCCUUGUGCCGUAAAUGUGACAAAAGCUUUUUUGACAAGCAGCCCUCAAAUUCUUCGUGUCUGGGUAGCUGCAUUCUAGGGCUGUAACAAUACGUUUUCUCAUGAUGUGGUACAGAUCGCAAUGAUACAUGAUUCAAUACAUUUACGUUUUUGUGAAUCUGUAGCGACCACUAAGUGGUACAGUGCUACAGAACAGUGCUUGUCCAACAAGCCAGCGCUGUUCUGUAGCACUGUACCCAACAGUUUUCAUAGGUUAUGACAUAGGCAACAACAUUAGCAAGCAAAUUUGCGGUAGUAAGCUCAACUUAAGAUUUUUUGACAGGGCAUCAAGUAGGCCGUUUUGGUCAUGUUAAGCAUUAGCCAAGCAUUUAAAAAUUCAGUGGGUAGUAAUUUUUGAGUUAUCACUUCUCUAGGUGUUGACAUGAGCAUGAACACACACUUGAAAGCUGUAAAAAUGACCAUCAAGAAUAAGGAGCCUGUGCAGUUAGAGUCGCUAAGCAUACGAGGCAACAACAUUCGCUACUUCAUUCUUCCUGAAAGCUUACCUCUGGACACUCUGUUGGUUGAUGAUGCACCAAAAGCUAAAGCGAAGAAGAAGGAAGCUGGUAUGUAUGGUGUUGUUUUUCUAUUUAUAUCACGUUUCUUUAAGAUAGCGUGUUGCAGUCUUGUUGUUGAGAGCUACAUCGAUGUUGAUCUUUUAACUUUCAUGUACAGGUAAGAUGAUUGAGAUGUAUUUAAUGAUGUAUUUAUUUUCACUUUGCAUUUCAUUAAAAGUAACUGAAUUUGAGUAUUUCUUUUUCCUAACAGCUGCAAGAGGUAGAGGCCGUCUUGCGCCUGGUGGACGUGGUAGAGGGCGUGGCAGAGGGCGAGGAAGGGGAAGAAGAUAGUCAGAGGAAGAACACAACUGUGUUGUGAAAUUAAAACAUCUUUGCCAUUGGAAUACUUUUUGAAAACUGGGAACUAAAAAAUUGUAAAAUCAUUUCACAGCUGAUUUAUGCCUGCCAUCAAAGAACAGUGUGAGGGAAGUUCCUUAUGAUUGUCAAUGGCUUGUGUUUCACAGGCUCGUUAGCAUUGAUGUUUUAACUUCUUAUUCUUUUCAGUCCAAGUUAAAAAAGGACUGAAAUGAUAUUGUAAAGCACAGAGCUUCUAAAUCAAGAAGGCAAAGCUGCAUGCAAAACUUGCAUGAUACCAUGAUGAAAGUUUUGUGGUAGUUGUUUAAAAAGGAGCGAUGUACUUUUGGCCCCUUUCUAAAAAAUUUGUUUAUACAUGCAUCCAACAAUAGUUCUUUUGUUCUUUUCAGUAGAAAAGAUGUAAAU